GUGGCGAUAUAACCACAGAUUACAGAACCUCUGUAAUCUGUGGAUAUAACCUAGAAUGUCAACACGUCAUCAUUUACAGAUUUGGUCAAUGCGGUGUUUAUCUAUGGUCAAAUAGUCCUCGAAAUUUCGAUUAAUACACGUACUUGUCCAAUAUUUUCGAAGUACGUUAAAAUGUUGAACACCAAGUGGGGGUUUUCCCUUUUGGGUCUCAUUUUAAUGCUGGAUGGAACCUGGGGCCUAUAUUUUCAUAUUGGGGAAACUGAAAGAAAGUGUUUUAUUGAGGAGAUUCCAGAUGAAACAAACGUUAUUGUUCACUACAAAGUUCAGUUAUAUGACCCGAGAACGGGUGGUUUUAUGCCUUCAUCGACGGGAAUUGGAAUGCAUGUUGAUGUGCGCGAUCCAGACGACAGUGUAAUACUCUCCAGAAUAUAUUCGUCUGAAGGUAAAAUAUCGUUCACGUCGCAUAGUCCAGGUGAGCAUGUGAUAUGCAUGAGCUCAAACAGUUCAGCCUGGUUUGGUGGUUCACAACUGAGGGUUCAUUUGGACAUUCAAAUUGGUGAGCAUGCAAUUAAUUAUGGGGAAGUUGUUCAGAAGGAAAAGCUUUCCGAAUUGCAACUGAGGAUCAGACAAUUGCUAGACCAGGUCGAUCAAAUCACCAAGGAACAGAAUUAUCAAAGAUUUCGUGAAGACCGAUUCCGUCAGACUAGUGAGAGCACUAAUUCGCGAGUUUUAUGGUGGUCAGUCACUCAAACUGCGGUACUUAUUACAAUGGGAGCAUGGCAGAUGCGUCACCUAAGGAAGUUUUUUGAGGCCAAGAAGCUCGUUUAAGUUUUUUUAUAGUUUGCUAAAAACGGAAGGAAAUUUAGCUUAUUAUGUUGUCAAAUAUGAACAUGAAAUUUUUUUAAAUUCCUAAUCGUGUACAAAAUCUAAUAUUUAUAACUAUAUUAAACCAAUUUGUUUGCAA